AUGGUGAAAGAGUUGUUAUUAGCGCGAACUGGAGGACGACAAUCGCAGGCGGGAGGCAAACGUGUAGAGCGAAGGGUCCUAGUGGUGGGGGACUCCAACGUAGCUAGGGUUGAGGAGGGCGUCCUUACAACAGUGAAGGCAGACGGGCGGGUGAAGGUGGAGGCCCAGUCAGGGAAGUGCAUGGUUGACGCAAUGGCAAAAGCUCAGACAGUGGUAUGGGGCAACCUGGAGCAUGAACAUCUGGUCGUUAUCCAUGCUGGUCUCAACGAUGUGCUGAAGGGAAGGAGCCAGAACCUAAACAGACAGUUAGAGGUUGGGUUGCGUAAACUCAGAGAAGCCUCUGCGAAUGUGCAUGUGACCAUACGCACAAUUCCAGAGGUCCAGGGCCAGGCUAGCGGGAUGGAACGGAGUGUGGCUGAGGCUAACCGGGUCAUUAGGGGUCUGAGCCGACGACUUGGGUAUGGCGUAAUGGACGUAAACUGGGACGUGUACGGGUCUGGCUCCCACCCUUUUGCACAGGAUGCCAUUCACUACAGUGGUGCCACGGGCGGGAGGGUAGGUAGUAGGAUAGGGCGCCAAGCUACGGCUUUUUUGGGGGGACCCAGAGCCCUAAGACCACCAGUGUAGACGAAGACGGACCCAGAGAGGCCCCAAGAUUCAAGAAACGUAGAAUCGGUAGGAGAAGAAAUAGACGUAAGCACCAGG